AUGAUGUCAUACCUCAAACAGCCCCCCUACGGCAUGAACGGCCUGGGGCUCAGCGGCGCCGCCAUGGACCUGCUGCACCCGUCGGUGGGCUACCCAGGUACGGCUGUCACACUGCCCCAAGCGACGCCGAGGAAACAGCGUCGGGAGCGGACUACUUUUACGCGCUCUCAGCUGGACAUCCUGGAGGCUCUGUUCGCCAAGACCCGGUACCCGGAUAUAUUCAUGCGUGAGGAGGUGGCGCUGAAAAUCAACCUGCCGGAGUCCAGGGUCCAGGUGUGGUUCAAGAACCGAAGGGCCAAGUGCCGCCAGCAGCAGCAGAGUGGCAGCAGUGCCAAAGCCAGGCCUGCCAAGAAGAAGUCUUCCCCGGCCAGGGAGAGCACGGGGUCGGAGAGCAGCGGCCAGUUCACCCCUCCCGCCGUCUCCAGCACGGGCUCUUCCUCGUCCUCCUCUUCCUCUACCAACCACACGGGGCCGGCUGUCCUAAGCAGCACCUCUACCUCCAUCAGUACCGUGUCCUCUAUCUGGAGCCCCGCCAUCUCCCCUGGCAACGCCCCGGCACCUGCCGUGGCCCCUCUCCCUGAGCCCGGACCCCCAUCCAAUGCCUCCUGUAUGCAACGCUCUGUGUCGGGCUCAGCCGCGGCGGCUGCCGCCGCCUCCUACCCCAUGUCCUACAACCAGACGCCAGGCUACGGCCAGGGCUACCCCGCCCACUCCAGCUCCUACUUCAGCGGUGUAGACUGUGGCUCCUACCUGACCCCCAUGCACUCCCACCACCAUCCGCACCAGCUCAGCCCAAUGACGGCCUCCUCCAUGUCAGGCCACCCGCACCACCACAUCAGCCAGUCAUCUGGCCACCACCACCAUCACCACCACCAUCACCAGGCCUAUGGCAGCUCCGGCCUGGCCUUCAACUCCUCUGACUGCCUGGAUUACAAAGAGCAGACUGCAGCCUCCUCUUGGAAACUCAACUUUAAUGCCACAGACUGCUUGGACUACAAAGACCAGGCCUCCUGGAGGUUCCAAGUCUUGUGA